UUAGAUAGCGAUUCAGUUUGAAUUGCUCGAAGACUCGUAUUAAGUAAAGCUACUCCUUGUAUAUUUCAAAAUGUCCUAGAUAAACCCGAAAUGAAAAAAAAUGUGAAAUCCAUAGAUUUAUUUCGAAGUUAUGAUAACAUGGAAAAUAAGACGGUAUUGGAGGAGCGACUGAGAAAAGCAGCCUGUGUUGGUGAUACAGACGUUGUUCAGGAAUUACUAAAUUUAGGCGUCGAUGUUAAUGCACGACAGUCUUAUAAUGGAUGGACUGCUUUACAUUGGGCAUGUAAAAAAGGAUACUUAGAUGUAGCUGCCUUGCUUUUAAAGAAUGGUGCAGACAAGAAUAUACGAUCUGAUAUUGGAGAAACUCCAGCAUUUCUGUGUAACAAUCCACAAAUCUUGCAACUUCUAGACAUGCCUCUAGCUAUACCAAAUGAUUCUCCAAGAGUGUUAAAUGAGCCAGCAAUACAUAAUGUUAUGCCUAAAUAUAUAAAAAGUGAUUAUGUGCAUGGAAGUGUAGAUUCAGGAAUUCCUAGAAUAAGAAAUAAUGGUUUAUACCAAGAUGAAUUAGUAUUAAAAAUUCGCAUUGCUGAUGCCCCUGACCCAGAUUUCAUAGAAAUUGAACUCCCACAAAAUGACUUAACAUACCAAGCAUUGAUUCGGAUAUGUUGCCAAGAAUUAAAUGUUGAUCCCAAUCAAAUUGUAAAAUUAAGAAAACUGCCCAACACUAGGUUGAGGAAAGAUGAGGAUAUUCAACGACUUCAAAACUUUCAAGAAAUAGAAGUUAUUACAAAUGCUGCAAACACAUAUAAAUAUAUGCAAAAUACAAAUGGUAUUCCAACAAUGGGACAUUCAGGAAUAAUAGCAAAUCCUGCAAAUGGGUACCAAAGUAUUUCUAAGAAAGAUCAAACUAUUUUAUACUAAUUAUUGACGUUAUACAUUGUUUUUCUUCUCUUCGUAUGUAAUUAAAUGAAGAAAACAAAUAUUUAAACACAAUACAAUAUAUAUACAUUAAGUAUAUAAAAUUUGAAGUGCAAUAAUUGAAAAUUUUAAAUAUAACGUUUAAGGUAAUAAUAAGUAGAAGAUAAUUUUUUAACUUUGUUUACUAGAUUUAAUGAAGUAAUAAAAAAAUAAUUACAAUUUUU